AUGUCUCAAAGCGAUAAGAGACGCAACUGGUCAUACGAGGAGGACGUGGCCCUCCUGAUCCAGGUCGCAGCCGACCAGCCCUUCGCUGCAACGAAGGCGACAAGUUCACCCGCGUGGUCGAUUCACGCAAAGCCCAAAACCGAUUUUUCGUUGCUGGUCGACGAGCACAUGGAGUUCAACUCAGAGUCAGCGAAACUCUCUGGUGUGGGCGAGGAGCACCGCGAGAAACACAUUCUGCUCGACGACAUCGUGACCCUCUUGGAGGACCUGAAGCGCGGCCCCGACGGCAAGUCCACGCCCAGCACUGACGCCAAGUCCGCCAGCACAGCGAGCGACAAAGACCAGGCGGAUCAAGGCGGGCUGAUCAUCCGAGAAAUGGCAAUGCAAACGAUGAAACGCCGCGCCGACGUGACGACAGAGGGCGGCGAACAAAAUAGAAGACCGCUGUCGAGGGUCGCCGCAGCAGUCUAG